CAUCCUCCCUCAUAUCCUUUCUUACGGCCAUAGUAAUAGAAAGCCCGAUUCCUCUGUCGCGCUAUCCUCUCCUGCACAAACUUCGUCCACGUGAUCUUCGCUCGCCCUAAGGACUAUAUAAGACAAGCACCUAGGGCUCUAACCCCUCGAUUUUGUCGCAGUGGGGAGAGGGUGGAUCGUCGGGUGCUGCUUUGCCGCCACCGCCGCCACAUAGCCGUCCACACCAUCGGUUGGGGUCUGGCCUGGGAUCUCUGUGGGUCAUGUGCGGGAUUCUAGUGGGCGCCUCGUGCGGGGUCAACGGCCAGGGCAUACUUCACCGGUGACCCGCGGCACCACGGAGCCACUGCGUGGAGUGGCGGGGACAACACCUGCAGCACCGUGAUCCUGGGUAAGAAAAGCCUCUCGCAUACUUGGGGCGUGUUUGGGAGGGUGACCCAGUAGCCCGGUUGCACCUAGGGAUGGCAACGGGGAAUUCCCCGUCGGAUUUUAGCUCCCCAAACCCGUCCCCGCGACGAAAAAAUUUCCCCACGGGGAUCCCCACGAAUGCUUGCGGGGGACAUUUCUUCUCCAUCCCCGUUCCCCGCGGGGAUAAAUCCCCGUCGGGUAUCCCCAUCCCCGCUUAAAUUAUAAUUAAAUCGUACUUCAUUUGUUAUUAAUGUAAAACAUUGUCACUUAUACACAUUGUUAGAUGUAAAAAUCAUUAUGUAUGCAUUAAAAUCAAUGUAUUUGUACAACGGGUGAUCUCUUAACAAGGUAAUUCUUUAUUUUUAUCAUUAACUAUUACAUGAAAACAUUGUCACAUGUAAGUUUAACGGGUCCCCGCGGGGAACGGGGAUGGGGAAUGCUUCCCCAUCCCCGUCCCCGUUUACCCGUCGGGGAGAAUUUUCUCCCAUUUACAUCCCCGUGGGGGAAGAAACUCCCCCAUCCCCAUCCCCUAAUAGAGGAAUUCCCCGCGGGGAAUCGGGGAUCGGGUCCCCAUUGCCAUCUCUAGUUGCGCCCGUGGGCUGCAACUAGCCUUGUUUGCAAGGCUGGCCCGUUUCGCGGCCUGGCUGAAAACAGCCAAAAGGCUGCCUCCUGGGUGGCUCCCAGGAAACGCGGCUAGGGUUCGUUUUCUGGGAGCGCGGCUGCGCGCGGCGCAUUGGCGGAAUGUGGCGGCGGGCGAGGUGGCUGGCGGGAGCUCGCGCGGGCUCGCGCGGGAAUGGUGAGGUUUUCGCGCGCGCGGGAAGGAGCGCUCCGGUGAAUCCUCUUGCGGCUAUAUAUGGCGACGGUGCACCCUCCUUUUCCCCUCCUCUCGCUGCUCGUUCUUCUUCCACCCCCUCCCUCCCUCGUGAGAGACCGGCGGCGAGUGGCUGUGCGUCGCGGCUGCGUCCAGCUCCGCCUGGUGCCGGGACUCCGUGGCGUUGGGCAUCUGCUUCGUCGCUUCAUCUCUGGUCGAUCUGCUUCCUAUACUUCUAGAUCUGCUCCGUCUCCGUUGCUACGACCUUGACCCCAAGGUGAAAUCAACCCCCAAUCGUUCUAUUUUCUGGUUCAUGCUUCAUGAGUUAGGGUUUGGUACAGUGUGUUGUUCAUGUUAUACCUGCUGCGAGUUUGAUUUUCAUGUGGUUUGCUUUGGAUUUAUAUUAAAUUGGUCAAUGAUGUUGUCCUUUACGUUCACUUGGAGGUAUCAUAUAGAUGAUGCAGCCGUGUUCUUUUUCCUUACUGAUUCAUUUUGCAAACAUGCUGAGGCCAAGCAGGGUAUGAUUAGAUUAAUUCUUGUAUCAUUGUUAUAUGCAUGUAGAUGGAUCCCUCUUUGAGCCGCGAGCUGUUGUGUAAGCAAGCAGCUGCCUUGACAGUAGUGAUGGUUUCAUUUGUUACAACUAGACUUAAAAGAAAAAGGUUUGAUCCUAAAGUAGAGCCUGACCCUCUAGUCUAUGUACUUAGGGAACAAAGUGAACUUCACAGACAGAGGACCCUCAACAUGAUUUACAACUCCACUGAUGUAGAGUGCAUUUCCAUGCUUAGGAUGAAGAGAGCCCCUAUUUUUGCUUUAUGCACGACCUUUAGAGAGAGGGGACUGGUAACUGAUAGGGAGGGGGUGUCAGUAGAGGAGCAAGUUGCCAUGUUCUUGCAUGUUGUUGGUCACAACCAAAGGUUCAGAGUUGUGCACCAGGCCUUUAGGAGGUCCAUUCAGACAGUACACAAGCACUUUCAUCAGGUUUUGUAUGCUGUUGGAGAGCUUAGGAAGGAACUUAUCAAGGCACCUAGCCCUACCACUCACCCAAAGAUCACUGGAAGCUAUAGAUGGAAUCCAUAUUUAAAGGACUGCAUUGGUGCCAUUGAUGGCACCCAUGUGCUGGCAAGGGUGCCUAGACACAUGCAGCAAGCUUUCAGGGGUAGGAAAAUUAACCCGACACAAAAUGUGAUGGUUGCUGUGGACUUUGACCUCAAGUUCACAUACGUUCUAGCUGGCUGGGAGGGGUCUGCCCAUGAUGCACUUAUCCUGGCUGAUGCCAUUGAGAGGGAUGAUGGGUUCACUGUCCCACAAGGUAAAUUCUACUUGGUAGAUGCGGGGUAUGCAUGCCGCACUGGCUUUCUACCCCCCUUCAGGGGGGGUUAGGUACCAUUUGAGUGAGUUUGGGAGCAGAAAUCGACCUACCAAUGCAAGAGAACUGUUCAACCUGAGACACUCAUCACUUAGAGUAACUGUGGAGAGGGCUAUAGGUGCAUUGAAGAACAGGUUUCGUAUCUUGGACAACAAGCCCUUUCACAAGUAUAAGACACAAGUCAAGCUUGUGUUGGCAUGCUCGAUCCUGCAUAACUGGAUUUUAGGCUUUGGCAUUGAUGAAGUAGUGCCUGAUGAGGAGGGUUUCACUGGCACACAACAAGAUCCACUAGAUGACAAUGGUAGCCAGAGCCAAGAAUCCAGUGCCAUGGCUGCAAAGAGGGAUGCCAUUUGCAAUGUUAUGUGGGAAGGGAGGGGAAGCUCUAGGAUAUGAUGGUUUGUUUACCCUGCUAUGGAACUCAUGUUUGUUUGAUGAUAAUGUAAUAAUAUGAUGGACAUGGCUGAGACCAAUUUUUUUAUUCCCAUUUGACUCUUCUUGUUGUGCUGAUAUUAUUAUACUAAUUUGUACAUGCAAACCAGUGGUAAGAUGCCUUCAGUCCCAGCUGGUGAUCAGGGUGGGUUUGUCCAAGCUACUGAUGUGAUGACUGAGAUGAUAAGGGUUGGUGCUAGUGCAGCAGCUAACGCUGAUGAUGCUACUGCAUCUAGUGCCGGUGCUGCUCCAGCAGCAGCUGGUCUUGUUGCUGCUGUUCCUGGGGGUCCUAGGGCAAUGAGGUGGAACGACAACACCUCUGGAUUUAUUCUUAGGAGGAUGGCUCAACUUCUUAGUGAUGGUAGCAGGCCUGACAAGGUCUUCAAGGACAAGGAUGUCAACUCUGUGGCCAAAGCCCUUAAGGAGUACAGUGGGGAGGCAGUGAGCCCAACUCAGGUGUAUAACCACUUGAGGAAAUGGAGGCAAAAAUGGUCUAGGGUGUCUAAGCUCAAAGACCUUAGUGGGGCUUUAUGGGAUAGUGACUCCAAUGCUAUCUUGCUUGAUCAGGAGCACUACCUUGGCCACUGCAAGGACCAUCCAAAAGAUGCAGAGUUCCUAAACUGCCCUAUUAGGUUCUACACUGAGAUGGAGGCCAUUUUUGGCCAUGCUAUGGCCACUGGCACAUUUGCACUUGGUUCUGGUGAAGCCUUAGGACAGAACCAGGUUGAUAGUGUUGCUGCCAAGGUUGAGGGACCUGCCUUCACCUAUAUCUCUGAAGAGAGAGCACAAACUGAUGUUGGAGAGGGUAGCAAGGCCACCGAGAUCCCCUCCAUAGCUGUGGGUAGGAAGAGGAAGAGAGGGAACUUCAGUGAGGAUGAGAUGCUUAUGUUGACCAAUAUGUCUGAUGCAGUGAACAAUGUGGCUAAUGCCCUUAGAGAGACUGGACCUGCCCAUGUGGAUGGUAACCUCUACCUAGCUGUGAUGGAGAUGCCUGGCUAUUCUGAGGAGGCACUGAUUGUUGCCUACACCUUCCUCCUGGACAACAAGGCUCAAGGCAGGGGCUUUGUUCACAUGACUGAGGCACAUAGAAACAUUUGGCUUAGGACCUUCCUAGCCAAGAACUACUACAUGUAGGUGAAUUACAUGUUGGUGUGCACCACCACCCACUCUCUCUUCCUGCCCACUCUCUCUUUUGACUACAACUAGGAAUAAUUUGUUGUAGACAUUUUGGUGUGCAGUCUGGUUUACUCCCACCAGUCCUUUUGUCUAAUUUACCUAGGAGGGUGGCUAACAAUAGGUAACAUUUGGGUGGACACCAUUUGAACCCUAAGCUAUUGGGCUCAAACUUAUUGUAAGGCACUAUUUGUAUUCUUACUAUGAUUGAAGUUUUUACUAUGAUUGAAGUUUUUAUUGUAAGGCUCAAACAUUUCAUACUAUGAUUGAAGUUUUUACUUGGCCAAUGAUGCUAUAUACACUAAUCUGAGGAGCAUUUGCAUUGGAUGUGUUGUAGUGCAGCUGAGGCCCGUGUUUACUUGUGCUUUCCUUUAUGCCUAUGAUGACAUAAUUGCCAUGGAACCAUGUUGUCAUUAUUGCCCGUGUUAAUGUGGAUGAUCUUUAAAUUGUGAGGUACUGGGCAUAUGCUGAAAAUUAUGUUGUUUCCACCAUGUUGUGAUUAUUGCCAUGGAACCAUGGGGCACAUCCAUGCCCAAUGCAACUGUUAUCCACCAUAGAUUACUUGAUGGCUGGGUUGGAUGAAUAUCAUGGUUUCAUGGCUGCCCAGCUAUGUUCCUUAUGCUCCAAGUUAAAAAAUCACAUGAAAAUGGCAAUUAUAUCUGAGUAAAAUCAUUGCUAUUGUCAAUCUUGCCUGGCUUCUUUGAUGGAUAUGUUGCAGAUGGAUGCCCAACUACCUGUUGCAGAUGGAUAUGUUAUUCUGAGGAAGAUCACAUGAAAAUAGAGAUGGCUUCUUUGAUAGUAACUUGUAGCCAGCAAUGACAAUAAUUGAUGAAGUUAAGUUAAAUUUGUCUGAGGCUAACUCAGUUGAUGCUUGUAUUGUUCAAUUGACAUAUGUUGUUCUAAUCCUCUAUUUUCUGUCA